AACUCUGAAACCUUAACAAACCUCCUUUCGUUUCCUCCCUGUUUCAGCACAUCUUCCGUUUCUUUUCCUAACAAAAAAUGGAGUCUCAAGAACCAAAGAUUACCAGUUCCCCUUUGAUGCCAUUGAUGUACUCGAACCGGGUGAUGUUGAAAACUAUAUUGGAAGGUAGUGAUACCAAGAUGGGGUUGAUCGGUAAGACAAUGGUGAUUGGAGGGUGGGUGAAAUCUUCCAAGGAGGUGAAAAAGGAACCUGUCGCAUCGCCACCGGCUGCAGCCGAUGCUCUCCCCGCUUCGCCAGGGCCUAAAGAUGUAAGCUGUGCGGAAAUUAUUCAAUCUCGAAUCCCGUUUUUCAGGACUAUCAUCAGGGUUUUGGGUGGUUCUGCUAGUUCCCCUGCUGUUAGAGAAAAGCUGGAGUCUUUGAUUCCUAUACCGCGUCUUCCUUCCAUAUUUUUUUUACAAAUUAAUGACGGCUCUUGUGUUUCAAGUCUUCAGGUUGUGAUAGAUUCAGCCAUAGUUCCAGUGUCUGCAGGCCAGAUCCUACCAACUGGAACAUGUAUAUUAGCGCAAGGUGUUCUGGAAAAACCAUCAGCUCACGGAAAACAUACAAUUGAGCUUAAAGUAGAGAAAAUUCUUCAUGUUGGGCCAGUAGAGCAGGAUAAGUAUCCUCUGACAAGGAAAAGAUUACCGCUUGAUUCUUUAAGGGAUUAUUCUCAUAUUCGUCCUAGGACAACUACAGUGGCAUCUGUUACACGAAUUCGCAGCGCCCUAAAUUUCGCAACCCAGACAUUCUUCCAGAACCAUGGCUUUUUUUAUGUGCAAGUGCCAAUUAUCACAACUACAGACUCUGAAGGGUUCAGUGAAAAGUUUCAGGUUACAACUCUUCUAGAAAAAACAAGCAAGAAGGAGGAGCCAGUCGGUGUUGAAGAUGUUAGCCUUGAAACUGUUAAGGCUGCUAUAAAGGACAAAACUAGUAUGGUCGAACAACUCAAGAGAAGUGACAGCAAUAGAGAAGCACUUUUUUCUGCUCUUCAGGAUCUGCGGAAAACAAAUGAACUAGCACAACAGCUUGAAGCCCGAGAAAAAUCCAAACCAGUAAUUGCAGUGAAGCCUGAUGUAGUGGACUUCAAUGAAGAUUUCUUUGGUCGCCAGAGUUAUUUGACUGUUUCUGGGCACCUUCAUCUGGAGAGCUAUGCAUGUGCCCUUGGUCAUGUUUACUCAUUUGGACCCAGAUUUCGAGCUGAUAAAACAGUGUCCCCAAAACAUGUAUCUGAAAUGUGGACUGUUGAGGUCCAAAUGGCUUUUUCAGACUUAGAGGACGCCAUGAAAUGUGCAGAGGACUAUUUCAAAUUUCUCUGCAGAUGGACACUGGAUAACUGUUCAGAAGACAUGAAGUUUGUCACAAAAAGAAUUGACAAGAAUGUUACCCAUUGUCUUGAAUAUAUGAUAUCAAGUUCUUAUGAAAAGAUCUCUUACAGAGAAGCAGUGGAAAUUUUAAGAAAGGUCACAGAUAAGGCAUUUGAAACACAACUUCAGUGGGGCGUCCCUUUAACAGCAGAACAUCUGAGCUACUUGGCUGAUGAGCACUUUCGGAAGCCUUUAAUUAUUUAUGAUUAUCCCAAAGCAGUUAAGCCAUUUUAUGUACGCUUGAAUGAUGAUGGAAAAACAGUUGCAGCAUUUGAGAUGGUUGUACCCAAGAUUGGAAGAGUGAUUACAGGCAGCCAAAAUGAAGAGCGCCUUGACAUGCUAAAUACAAGGAUCAAGGAAUUUGACUUGUCAAGAGAUCAGUAUGAAUGGUAUAUAGAUCUGCGCAGGCAUGGAACAGUCAAGCACUCUGGUUUCAGCCUAGGCUUCGACCAGAUGGUUCUUCUUACCACUGGCCUCACUGAUGUUAGAGAUGCAAUUCCUUUUCCCCGAAGUCAUGGCAAAGCCAACAACUAAGAGCGCGUCUUGAUAAAGUCAAAAACUUUAGAGAUGCUUGUGUUUCAGAUAAACACAAACUAAUGUAAACAGAUACACUAAAUGCAACAUAUGAACACACGAGGAAUAUGUGUUAAUCUCAUGGCUUCAAAUCAUUAUUGUUGCU